AUGCACACUUCACUGUUAAUUAUCGCCGCAGCUGCAGCUUCCGUUGUCUGCCAAACGACAUCUUCUCAACCUUUACCGGCAGCUACAAAUCUUCCACUCGGCUCCAAUUGCGAUCCUUCACUUGACAACGCUUGUGCUAAUGGAGCUGACUGUUACGCUACAAACCUCAUGUUGAUGCCCCGCUGUGGCAACUUCCAGGCAGCGUGUACUUCGGACUCGCAGUGUGCCUUCAACACUUGUACUCAGGCUCAAGGUCUAUGCAAUGGAUUCCUGUCGACAUCGUCGACAUCAGCGGUAUCAUCGACAUCAUCGACAGCUGCAGCAACAUCAUCGAGGACAGUGACAGCUAGCUCUAAUUCACCUUCUACAGACAGUGGUCUUCCACUUGGAGCAGACUGCAACCCUGCUGUCCCAAACGGAUGUGCGAAUGGCGCUAACUGUUAUGCGACAAACUCCAUGUUGAUUCCGCGGUGCGGUAAUUUCCAGGCAUCUUGCACCACUGAUGUCCAGUGUGCCUUCAAUACAUGUAACAAAGCCCAGGGGCUAUGCAAUGGAUUCCUGUCUACCUCUAAUUCUGCAACCUCCGCAAGCUCCCCAGCUUCUACCACCAUCUCGCCAACAUCAACCGGCCUUCCUCUUGGAUCCAUCUGCUCCCCAGAAAUGGAGGAUGCCUGUGCAAACGGAGUGGAGUGCUAUGCAACAAACUCAAUGCUAAUACCUGUGUGCGGAAACUUUCAAGCUUCCUGCUCUUCGGACUCACAAUGUGCAUUCAACACUUGUGUUGCAGGUUUUUGCAGUGGGCUUCGAAACACAACAACAACGAACAACACAACUACCUCAAGACUUCCAGCUAGUACUACUAAUCAAACCGUCCUAACCACUGUAAAUGUUGCGGCUAGUCCAACUAGUCCGAUCAUCCAAACAACAGCGAAUAUUCCCACGACCACCUCAAUUUCGGGUAAUUCGACAAUCGCUCCUCAACCCAGUGGGCCAAGCUCUACUGGACCGAUAAUCGCUAAUGAUGGAUCAGAGAUGGCUCGAAGUGUGGCAGGUUUACUCGCCGUUGCUGCACUUGUCGCUCUAGCACUUUGA